AUACAUUUCGGCGAUAAUCCGCACCACCAGCAAGCAGGGACCCUCUUCUUCCCUAAUUAUCCGAACCCUAAUUACUUCAUAAAGAUCUGAAACGGAGAUCACACAAGUAAAGCUCGAUAAUGGAAAUUUUCGAUAAAUUCAAGAUCUGGGUUUUGUUGAUCUGUUUGGUAUUUCAAUCGGGUCAUGGGUUUUAUCUCCCUGGUAGUUACCCUCACAAAUAUGUCGUAGGUGAUCAAUUGUCUGUGAAAGUCAACUCUUUGACUUCAAUUGAUACGGAAAUCCCAUAUAGUUACUAUAGUUUACCCUUCUGUCAACCCCCAGAAGGUGUAAAAGAUAGUGCUGAGAAUCUUGGUGAGCUUUUGAUGGGUGAUAGGAUUGAAAACUCGCCUUAUAAGUUUAAAAUGCACACCAAUGAGAGCGAGAUCUUUCUUUGUCAAACGAAACCCUUAUCGAGUGAUGAAUACAAGUUGUUAACUAACCGAAUCGAUGAGAUAUAUCAGGUCAAUUUGAUCCUUGAUAAUUUGCCCGCCAUUCGGUAUACUAAAAGGGACACUUAUUUCUUGAGGUGGACUGGUUAUCCGAUAGGGAUCAAAGUUCAAGAUUCGUAUUAUGUGUUUAAUCACUUGAAGUUCACUGUUUUGGUUCAUAAGUACGAAGAGACGAAUGUGGCUAAUGUCAUGGGAACUGGGGAUGGAGCUGAGGCAAUUCCGGUUAGGAAACAGGACUCGGAUGUUCCUGGAUAUAUAGUUGUGGGGUUUGAGGUAACACCUUGCAGCUUUAAACACACUGCCGAAUCUGUAAAGAAUUUGAAAACCUAUGGUAGGUAUCCAUCUAAGAUCAUUUGUGAAGAUAACACUGUGACCAUGGCUAUAAAGGAAAAUGAGCCCGUGGCAUUCACAUAUGAAGUUGCAUUCGUUGAGAGUGACAUCAAAUGGCCGUCAAGAUGGGAUGCUUACUUGAAAAUGGAGGGAGCAAAAGUUCACUGGUUUUCGAUCCUGAAUUCCCUUAUGGUUAUCACUUUCUUGGCUGGGAUCGUUCUUGUGAUAUUUUUAAGGACAGUUAGGCGGGAUUUGACUCAUUAUGAGGAGUUAGAUAAAGAGGCUCAAGCCCAGAUGAACGAAGAGUUGUCGGGUUGGAAGCUGGUUGUGGCGGAUGUUUUUCGUGCUCCUGGCCAUCCGGCACUUCUUUGUGUAAUGGUUGGAGAUGGGGUUCAGAUUCUUGGAAUGGCAGUUGUGACUAUCAUGUUUGCGGCUCUCGGGUUCAUGUCACCCGCUUCUCGUGGGACCCUGGUCACCGGAAUGCUAAUCUUUUACAUGAUUCUUGGAAUCUUAGCUGGUUACGUUGCUGUACGUAUGUGGCGAACCAUCUUCUGUGGGGACCACAAAGGAUGGGUCUCCGUUUCUUGGAAAGUUGCAUGCUUUUUCCCUGGUAUCGCGUUCUUGAUCCUCUUCACCUUAAAUUUCCUCUUAUGGCAUUCAAACAGCACUGGUGCGAUCCCAUUUUCUUUAUUCGUCAUUCUCAUUUUGCUAUGGUUUUGCAUCUCCGUUCCUUUAACUUUUGUUGGUGGUUACUUUGGUGCAAAAGCACCUCACAUCGAAUAUCCCGUUAGAACCAAUCAAAUUCCACGUGAAAUCCCCGCUCAAAAGUACCCAUCUUGGCUUCUGGUUCUUGGUGCUGGAACUCUUCCAUUCGGGACCCUUUUCAUUGAGCUCUUUUUCAUCAUGUCUAGCAUCUGGAUGGGUCGGGUUUACUACGUUUUCGGGUUUUUAUUCGUCGUUUUGAUCCUUUUGGUCGUCGUUUGUGCCGAGGUUUCGCUAGUUUUGACCUACAUGCAUCUUUGUGUUGAGGAUUGGAAGUGGUGGUGGAAAUCUUUCUUUGCUUCUGGUUCUGUUGCAUUGUACAUUUUCUUGUACUCAAUCAACUAUCUGAUUUUUGACCUCAAGAGCCUAAGUGGACCAGUUUCGGCUACCCUUUACUUAGGUUACUCGCUCCUGAUGGUCCUAGCCAUCAUGCUAGCCACGGGCACCGUUGGGUUGCUUUCUUCUUUCUGGUUCGUGCACUACUUGUUCUCAUCGGUGAAACUGGAUUGAAAGUAAGAAGUUGGAUUGUUAACACGGUUUUAUUCAUCUUGUAAUUUUGUUUCGUUCAGUUGUAUCGUAGGAAAUACGAAUAAUUAAGUCGGGUUCUUUUUUUCUUUUUCUUUUCUGGUAUUAGAGUUCGAUAGCAAGAACUUAGUUACAUCUGGAAGCAGAAGAUGAUGAUAGAUGGUUUGUAUGUUAUGUGGGGUUUCUUUCUUGUUUUGUUAAUUGAAUGAAUUUCUAUGAAAUUUGGGUUCGAUUUGAAGUCA